CUCUCUAUUCUUAAAUUUUUAUACAAAAGAGUAAAAUCUAACGAGAGAUGCGCAGUUCGCUAGAAAGAUUGCUAUGCGUAUAUCGAACUGAUUAUUCGUGUCGCCUGAGUUUGCUUUUUUGUCAGCUGUUUUUAUGUACAAUGCAAUCGUAUGCUGGCGUUUUUAAAUGUUCCUGCUGAGUGUUUGUUCUGGUUUUGUAGGACUGUGAAUAAUUGUAGUGUGAUCUUUCUUUCUUUCAGUUGGAAUAUCUGUGUAGUGCUGCUUCACUAAAUAAACGGAGAAAACAAUCAGGCUACUCAGCCAGUCUGUGUCUGUUUUGGUUCAAGUCGAGCCUAUUUUUUGUUGUUGCUUUAUAUUUUUGCUAUCAUAUAUGGUCAUAAAUAGGGGUGGAAAACACGUCAGAGGCAUAGCACGAAUAUCUGGAGGAAGUGGUGCAUGUGUAAUAAACCUCUUGACGGGUGUGUGACCAAUCACAUGAAGUGACACCCAUGGUUCACAAACAAACUCAGACUGUUUUUCCAUCAGGUUGAAGGUCUGAAGAUCUUCAGAUGUUCAGUGCUCAAUAGAAACAUGGCGAUGAAGAGUUGGACGGCAGGCACACAGUGUGUCGCCAAAAAGCAGCACUGCAAACCCAAAGCUGGUGAAAUAGCGUAUCACAAAGGCGACAUCUUGACGAUCGUUGGACCUGGGACGAGGAAUGGAGAAUACAGAGCCCGACAUAACACCACAGGGGAGGAAGGAUUGGUUUCAGGUUCGAAACUCAGAGAAAGGGAAGCCCUCCGUAUCGACCCCAAAUUGAGCCUGAUGCCAUGGUUCCACGGCAAAAUAUCUGGACCGCAAGCCGUCUGCAAACUCAAGCCCCUGGAGGACGGGCUGUUUUUGGUGCGGGAGUCGGUUCGGCAUCCCGGCGACUUCGUGCUGUGCCUCUGCUUCAGUCAGAAAGUCUUCCACUACAGAGUCAUCUUCAAAGACAGCAAACUGAGCAUCGACAACAAGCAGUUCUUCUACAACCUCAUCGACAUGAUCGAGUUUUACAGCGUACAUCAAGGCGCACUCGCUUCGCUCCUGCUGAAGCCCAAGAAGAUGGAAGGCACGAAAUCUGCCGAGACCAAGCUGUUGAAAUCCGGCUGGCUUCUAGAUCUGUCCAAGCUGAAGUUAGGGGAGAUCAUCGGAGAAGGAGAGUUCGGCGCCGUGUUCGAGGGUGAAUACGCCGGCCAGCGGGUGGCUGUUAAGAACAUCAAGUGUGACGUAACCGCUCAGGCCUUCCUGGAGGAGACGUCUGUCAUGACAAAUCUCCAUCAUAAGAAUCUGGUGCGGUUAUUGGGAGUGAUUCUUCACAACGGCAUGCACAUCGUCACAGAGCUCAUGGCCAAGGGGAAUCUGGUGAAUUUUCUUCGCACACGAGGACGCUUCGCCAUCAGUACGACGCAGCUGCUGCGCUUUUCACUAGACGUUUGUGAAGGAAUGGAGCACCUGGAGUCGAAGAAACUCCUGCACCGAGAUCUCGCCGGACGCAACAUCCUCGUGUCUGAAGACAGCGUCGCCAAAAUCAGCGACUUCGGUCUGGCCAAAGUCAGUUCGACGGCUACCGACAACUCCAAGUUACCCGUCAAGUGGACGGCGCCCGAAGCCUUGAAGAACAAGAAAUUCUCCACUCAGUCAGACGUUUGGAGUUACGGAGUCCUCCUGUGGGAGAUCUUCUCAUACGGCAGACAGCCGUAUCCCAAAAUGUCGGUGAGUGAGGUGCGGGAGCGAGUGGAUCAGGGUUACCGCAUGGAGCCUCCGGACGGAUGUCCUCCUGACGUCUACAGCAUCAUGACGUCCUGCUGGGAGACGGAGCCCAAGAGGAGACCGUCCUUCCACAAGCUCCGAGAGCGGCUGGAGAAAGAGCUCGGCAGACACUGACCUCUGCAUGUGUGUAUAAUGUACAAUUAAUUUAUUAUUCAUCACACUCUAUAUUUAUGUGUUUUUGAGUGGAUCUUGAAAACACGCCGAGGUGUUUCGCCUCGAGAUGGGCAAAGCCAAAUUAAACUAUUGCAUGAAGAUAAAGCCUGGUUUAGGACCUUAAUUUAAUUUUAUUUGUUGCAUUGUAUCACUUAUUAUAAGUGGUUCUCAUCUACUGAUUUAUUUUAUUGUUUUUAUUUUUAUUAAAAUGGUAUAAUAAAAAUCUAUAUAAACAGUACAGCAUGUAAUAACACGAAAUACCUUUAUUUAAAAAAAUAUAUAAUUUUUUUUUGCAUUAAUUAUAAUGUGAAUUUGGUAGAAAAUGUGCUUAAUUGUCAUGGAAAAUAAUGUUAUGUUGCUCUCAAAUUUUGUGGGUUGUAAGAAAUAAAAUAUUUCUUAUUUUAUUGUUGGUUAU